AUGGGUAAUUCUAUAUCGAAGACGCUGGGUAAGCUAUUUGGCUCCCGUGAAAUGAAGAUUCUUAUGUUAGGGUUAGACAAUGCAGGUAAGACUACUAUAUUAUACAAAUUAAAAUUGAAUAAAAUAAAGACGUCAACUCCAACAGUUGGGUUCAAUGUAGAGACGGUGUCUUAUAAGAAUGUUAAAUUCAAUAUGUGGGAUGUUGGAGGGCAAGAAAGAUUAAGACCUCUAUGGAGACAUUAUUUCCCAGCUACUACGGCAUUAAUCUUUGUCAUUGAUUCCAGCGAUACCGAAAGAUUGAAUGAGGCUAAAGAGGAAUUGUAUAGUAUUAUUAGUGAGAAAGAAAUGGAGAAUGUAGUACUUUUAGUUUGGGCUAAUAAACAAGAUUUGAAAAAUGCAAUGAAACCACAAGAAAUUUCAGAUUUCUUACAAUUAAGUGAAAACUUGAAGAACCAAUUGUGGUGUGUUAUUGGUAGUAAUGCACUUUCUGGUCAAGGUUUAUUGGAAGGUUUAUCCUGGAUUUCCAAUAAUACGUCCAAGAAAUAA